AGGGCUGUGUGUUGGGCAGUUCUGUGUUCAUCUAGAAAUGUAUUUAUAAUUGUAAGAAACAUUGUUUUUUUUUUUAUUCAGCAGGCUCCACUGAGAUAUCUGAACAAACAGAUGACGAUACUCUUAGUGUUGAAACUGAAUGAAAUCUGCAGUACGUGCUACUGAAGAUGGAGAUUGUUAAAGAGGAGUUUAAAGAGGAGAGUGAAGACAUCAGUAUUUCAGAACCAUUCAGACUGAAGAAUGAAGAUACUGAUACUGAACAAAAAGACCUGAUGAAGCUGAAAGAGGAAAGUGAAGCACUGAAUGAAGUGGAGGAGAAACAUCAGUAUCAGGAGGCUGAUAAAUUCAUAACUGGAAAACCGUCUUAUUGCUCACUGACGGAAAGGAAACGCUCAGGAAAAGAAACUCCAAUAAUACAAAUAGAACAUCCUUUCACCUGCCCUCAAUGUGGAAAGAGUUGCAAACAUAAAGUAGCUCUUAGAAAGCACAUGAGAAUUCACUCUGGAAAGAAACCUUUCAAAUGUCAUCAGUGUGAAAAGAGUUUCUUAGUUAAAGGAAGCCUUGAAAGGCACAUUAGAAUUCACACUGGAGAGAAACCUUACACAUGCCCCCAGUGUGGAACGAGUUUCACACAUAAAUCAAGUCUUAAUAUCCACAUGAGAAUUCACACUGGGGAGAAGCCUUACUCAUGUCAUCAGUGUGGAAAGUGUUUCACGCAUCGCAAAAGUUAUAAUGAGCACAUGAGAAUUCACACUGGGGAGACUCCAUAUACAUGCCUUCAGUGUGGAAGGAGUUUAAUAGACAAUAAUUCCCUUAAACAUCACAUGAGAAUUCACACAGGGGAAAGACCUUUCACUUGCCAUCACUGUGGGAAGAGCUUCAUCAACAAAUAUUCCCUUGUGGAUCACUUGAGAAUUCACACUGGAGAGAAGCCGUUUACCUGCCCUCAGUGUGGAAGGAGUUUCACAUAUAAACCAAGUUUGAAUAUUCACUUAAAAACUCACACCGGAGAGAGGCCUUUUAAAUGCCUUCAGUGUGGAAAGAGUUUCACACACAAAGGAAAUCUGAAAAUCCACCUAAGAACUCACACUGGAGAGAAGCCUUUCACAUGCCUUCAGUGUGAGAAGAGUUUCAGAAAAAAAGCAACGCUACGAGCUCAUAUGAAAUGUAAUCUGCAGUACGUGCUACUGAAGAUGGAGAUUGUUAAAGAGGAGUUUAAAGAGGAGAGUGAAGACAUCAGUAUUUCAGAACCAUUCAGACUGAAGAAUGAAGAUACUGAUACUGAACAAAAAGACCUGAUGAAGCUGAAAGAGGAAAGUGAAGCACUGAAUGAAGUGGAGGAGAAACAUCAGUAUCAGGAGGCUGAUAAAUUCAUAACUGGAAAAAAUUGCUCCCAGACGGAAAGGAAACACUCAGGAAAAGAAACUCCAAUAAUACAAAUGGAACAUCCUUUAACCUGCCCUCAAUGUGGAAAGAGUUGCAAACAUAAAGUAGCUCUUAGAAAGCACAUGAGAAUUCACUCUGGAAAGAAACCUUUCAAAUGUCAUCAGUGUGAAAAGAGUUUCUUAGUUAAAGGGACCCUUGAAAGGCACAUUAGAAUUCACACUGGAGAGAAACCUUACACAUGCCCCCAGUGUGAAACGAGUUUCACACAUAAAUCAAGUCUUAAUAUCCACAUGAGAAUUCACACUGGGGAGAAGCCUUACUUAUGUAAUCAGUGUGGAAAGUGUUUCACACAUCGCAAAAGUUAUAAUGAGCACAUGAGAAUUCACACUGGGGAGAAGCCUUACUCAUGUCAUCAGUGUGGAAAGUGUUUCACGCAUCGCAAAAGUUAUAAUGAGCACAUGAGAAUUCACACUGGAGAGACUCCAUAUACAUGCCUUCAGUGUGGAAGGAGUUUAAUAGACAAUAAUUCCCUUAAACAUCACAUGAGAAUUCACACAGGGGAAAGACCUUUCACUUGCCAUCAGUGUGGGAAGAGUUUCAUCAACAAAUAUUCCCUUAUGGAUCACUUGAGAAUUCACACUGGAGAGAAGCCGUUUACCUGCCCUCAGUGUGGAAGGAGUUUCACAUAUAAACCAAGUUUGAAUAUUCACUUAAAAACUCACACCGGAGAGAGGCCUUUUACAUGCCUUCAGUGUGGAAAGAGUUUCACACAUAAAGGAAAUCUGAAAAUCCACCUAAGAACUCACACUGGAGAGAAGCCUUUCACAUGCCUUCAGUGUGAGAAGAGUUUUGGGAAAAAAGCAACGCUACGAGCUCAUAUGAAAUGUCAUUCAUACUGUGCUGUGAGUGUUGAAACUGAAUUGGAUCUGCUUGGCGUGCUACUAAAGAUGGAGUUUGUUAAAGAGGAGACUGAGGACAUCAGUGUUACAGAACCAUUCAGACUGCAAAAUGAAGAUACCGAGGAACAAAGAGAACUGAUGAAUCUGAAAGAGGAAAGUGAAGCACUGAAUGAAGUGGAGGAGAAACAUCAGGAUCAGAAACCUGAUGAUUUCAUGACUGGAAAAAUAUCUUAUAUUUGCUCACAGACUGAAAAGAAACACUCUGGAAAAGAAACUCAGAGAGCAAAAACAGAAGGUUCUUUCACCUGCCCUCAAUGUGGAAGGAGUUUCACACGUAAAGGAUCCCUUAGAAAGCACAUAAGUAUUCACACAGGAGAGAAACCUUUCAAAUGUCAGCAGUGUGAAAAGAGUUUCUUAGUAAAAGGAACCCUUGAAAGGCACAUUAGAAUUCACACUGGAGAGAAACCUUACACAUGUCAUCAGUGUGGAAAGAGCUUCACACAUAAAGGAAGUCUUAAUAUCCACAUGAGAAUUCACACUGGGGAGAAGCCUUACUUAUGUCAUCAGUGUGGAAAGUCUUUCACACACCACAAAAGUUAUAAGGAGCACAUGAGAGUUCACACUGGAGAGACUCCAUACACAUGCCUUCAGUGUGGAAAAAGUUUAAUAGACAAAAAUGCCCUUAAUUAUCACAUGAGAAUUCACACAGGGGAAAGACCUUUCAUAUGCCCUCAGUGUGGGAAGAGUUUUAUCAACAAAUAUUCCCUUAUGGAUCACUUGAGAAUUCACACUGGAGAGAAGCCGUUUACCUGCCAUCAGUGUGGGAAGAGUUUCACACAUAAAGGAAGUAUGCAAGCCCAUUUAAAAACUCACACUGUAGAGAAGCCUUUCACAUGCCUUCAGUGUGGGAAGAGUUUUAGAAAAAAACCAACGCUACAAGAUCAAACAAAGUGUUAUUCAAAACAGAAAUUACAGCAGUGUUCUAAAGACUAAAAGAGUGAAAUGGUGCUAACUCUUAUAGGAUGGAUGAAAUGAGGACAAAAGUAUGUUUUGGUCAUACCAAUAUGCCUAUUUUGAGAGGCAUUAUAAGGAUGAGAAUGGUCCUUCCUAUACAAAUGAAUACGAGAAAUCGUAACUCUAAAUAUGGCAACUGUUAAGAACACAUUGAAAAGAGUCAAAAAGUAAUUCCCUGUCAGUGUACUUGAGAAUGUGCAUUCGCAUUAGCUGGACCAGCCUGAAUAUUUUUGUUUUUGAGGUAAAGAAGCCAAGUUUCGAAUACCAUUGUUGCAAAUUUAAUUUCUGAUUUGAAAUAUGUUGUUAACUUUAAAUCUGGGCCUGUGUUCACAAGGCGUUCUUCUGAAGAGUUCCUAGCUAAAAGUCUUUGCAGAAAACUUAAUUCACAAAAUUGUUAAGAGCAAGUUUUACUAACUUGGAAAUCUUAAGGUAAGAGAAGGGCAAAUUUGACCUCGUUGUAUUGGAUAACGUCAUGUUUGUCCUCUGGGUAGCCCAGCGAUGGUCAUGAAUGCCACCGUUUAUGGUGUGCGAACAUCCAAAGGAAAACGUGCUAUUAAUUGAUGGAUGUGUGGUCUAGAUAGGGCAUUUAUAUUAUAAAAUAUUAUUCUGCUGACAGAUAACACAGAAAUUCCCAAUUCUUCAGAUUUGUCAAAACCUUUUUAUCUUGUGAAAUUAGUUUGUUUCGGUUCAUGGGAGGGAAUUAAGUUUAAAAUAAUAAAACAACCAUUGCAAUUCAGGUGAUCUUCCAAUGUCAUAAAAAUAUCCUAAUACACACCAGAGCUAGUUUUUACACCAGUACAAAUUUCUAGUAGGUUUAAUGUAUUGCAGGUAAAUGUAUACUUCGUACUUCACCUGUGCAGUUAAACCAGACAAAAGAGAAGGUAUCAGUAGUAAAAUCACUCAGCAUAAUUGUUGAGAUUUAGGCCUAUAUGAUUCCUAAUGUUUUCAUAUUGUUGGUUUUCUAUGCACACACCAGAAUAUGUUUUUAUAAACGUAUGUGAUUUUCUGCAGUACUGUUUGUUUGACAUUUCCUGACCAAGUGAUCAUGGCUAUUGACCAAAUGCUUUAGGCUGGUGUAAUGAAUGAUCCAUUAGCCAUUUAAAUUAACUUAUGUACAAUUAUGACAUUACGGAAAAAAAAAUGCAGAUAAAUCUAUUUUAAAUGGUAUUUUUCUCUUCAAUAUCUGUCAUAAAUUAAGUAAUAUUAUAUUUAGUUAAAU